AUGCCAUUGCCGUCCUGGUCUUCGCACGAAUUCGCCGCAGAUGGGAAACCCGGCCCGACACCACGCAGCAUUGCUGCAUUACUCCCUGUUUCUGGGGCCGGGAAGAUGCUUAGUGAUGUGUGGGUGUUUGAUAUUGAGGGUAAGACGUGGGAGGAGGUUGAUGUUAUGGGUGGUGUGCCUGAUGCGAGGGGGUGGUUUGAUGCUGAUAUUUUUGGGGAGGAUGCGAUUGUCGUGCAGGGUGGAUUGGGAGAGGAUAAUGUGCGGUUGAGGGAUUGUGGACUGGAGUUUGAAGAUUAG